UCUCCGAGGAAGCCGGUGUCAUAGUUCCGGGCUGGAAGGGAAUCGGCUCUUCCCAAAAAUUGAGUUGUUUUUCUGGAAAAUUCGUAAAUUACAAGCAUGCAAGAUGAAACGGGUAUCUACUGAAUCCAAAGAGGAGGUGACGAAAAAGUCAAAAUUAAGUUCGAGCAACAAUAUCUUGCAAUUAGAUCACGACGUUGACAAGAUAUCCAAAUUAAGGAAGGAAGAGAAAAACGCAAACGAUUUAAAACCAAGAGUUCCUCCUCCUCUACACGUCAAAAAUGCACCAGUGUUCUAUCCCACAGAAAUGGAGUUUAAGGAUCCCUUCACUUAUUUGGAAAGCAUUUAUGCAAGGGCUGAGAAAUUUGGAAUAUGCAAAGUCGUUCCUCCAAGCAAUUGGCGGCCACCCUUUUCUAUCGACCCUGAUAAAUUAAAGUUUUACCCGAGAAUUCAGCCACUUUACCUUCUCGAGGCCAGAAGACGUCUCUGGGACACUUUCCACAAUAAGUUGCGCCAGUUUUGGUCAAUGUAUUUAUUAAAAAUCAAAUAUCCAGUAACAAUUGGAGAUAUGGAGGUGGAUUUGUCGGAACUUAAUUAUGCACGAAUGGAGAUAACCAUGGUCGCUGGCAGCCUAAAAGAAAUCAGUACAGAUGAAUGGAAGCGUGUGGCGACUCAACUAAAAUUUGAUUUGAAAUUGGCUAAUGAUCUGAGGGAUUUGUAUGAAACAUUGAUCUUACCAAUGGAUACUUUUACCGCAAGGAUCAAUGAAAAAGUGAAUAAACACGUCCAAGCACAAAAGAAACUUUCCAAAUCGUCCCCACGGAGGCGAAAGACUAUGGCUGGUUCACGAAAAAGCCCAAAAGAGACAAUGAAUAAUACGACAAUAAGCUCAGAUCGUGAUCCAGGAGACUUCAAUUUCUACCAAACAACCACUGCCUUUGUGGAUAAUAAUUUUUGCAGCACAUGUAAAAUAUACCCUGGACGGGACGACAUAAUUGCAUGUAUGGUUUGUAAAGCCAAUUUUCAUACGAGCUGUGUGAAAAGCUACCAAUUCACAACCAGUUUCCUCUGUUCAAGUCCCACUUUUACUUGCACUGGAUGUGGUAGUUAUCAGGCCUAUAAUGACCCUCUGCUCACAUUUGGAUUCAAAGAUUACCUUAAAAAAUUUAGUUUGACAGAUUUUGGAGAUUAUGCUGAUAUAUACAAAAAAAUGUAUUUUGGAGUUGAUAAUCCAGCGGAAGUUCCGGAACGAAAGACUGAGAACGAAUUUUGGAGGCUUGUCCUUGGGUACCAUGAGUAUGCGUCCGUGCUGUAUGGUACUGACUUGCAUUCCAAAAAUGUAGGCUCAGGUUUCCCCGUUAAGAAAUUGAACACUAAAGGGAAAGUAGUCAUACAUGAACAAAGCGAUGAAUUGACGGAAUACAAGGAAAGUGGAUGGAACCUGAAUAAUCUUCCAAUAUCAAAUUCGUCAGUUUUAAGGCACAUUGGCAACAAUGUCUCUGGAAUGAUUCUGCCAUGGAUUUAUGUUGGAAUGGUUUUCAGUGCGUUUUGCUGGCAUGUAGAGGACCAUUUUACUCCGUCAAUUAAUUAUUUGCACUUUGGAGAAACAAAAACUUGGUACGGCAUUCCUGGUUCACAAGCAGAGGAUGUUGAUCAACGCAUUAGGGAGUAUGCACCCGCAUUAUUCAUACUGACUCCUGAUGUGCUCCACAACUUAAAUACGAUGAUACAUCCAAGCGAAUUUACAAAAGUAGGAAUAAAAGUGUCUCGAGUUGACCAGCGUGCUGGUGAAUUUGUCAUAACCUUUCCCAGAGCAUAUCAUGGUGGAUUUAAUCAAGGCUUCAACUGUGCCGAAGCUGUCAACUUUGCAACAUCUAAAUGGAUCCCGUUUGGGUUUGAAAGCAUUGGUCAUUACAUGAACGCUAAACGAAACCAUGUGUUUUCUCAUGAAGAACUGCUUUUCAAGAUGGGCAGCAAUCCAUCCUUGCUUGGAUUAGAAGAAGCAAAAGAAAUUUACUUCCAACUUAGCAUAUUCAUAAGAGAACAAGGCUCGCUAGAGUCGGAUUUGAAGAAAUUGGGUGUAAAGUCACGAAGCCGUGUGAUAUUUGAAGAAAUCGAAGACGAUGAUGACCGCACCUGUUUUUCUUGUGCUAGAACCAUGUUCUUCUCAAUGAUCUCAUGCAGUUGUCGUUCGAAUCAAGCUCCCAAUAUGAAACAAAGCUGCCCUGACCAUUUCCGAACGCUUUGUCGUUGUGCUCUUGCUAAGCGACAGUUCAAAUAUCGGUACACAUUGCGCGAACUUGUGGACUUUGAUGUCAAACUCUUCUCCAGAAUUAUUGAACUUGCGUACAAAACAACUCUACCUGCUAUUGAUACUACUCAGUUUGUUAAUGUUGCAACAACGGUAGACUGAACAGUUGAAAUGUGCUGAUGUACUGAUUUUAGUAUGUGGCAUUAAUUUUUUUUUCUCAAAGUUGAAAAAUAGUUUGCAUUAUGAAUAGUAUUUUGCCUGUCAAUCAAAAUUUUGAGUGCUAAUAUGUUACAAUCUUAUAUUUUAUGGUUUGUUACUAUUGUUAAUUUAAUUUACCAGCAGAAUCAUUUAUAUUAUUCUGAUUGUUCGUUUUGUUGACGUUAUUGCUAUUAUAAUAAUUUUCUUUCGUAAUUGCAAAUAUAUUUAACAAAACAAAGAUCUGGAGAGUCGUUGACGCUCAAUUUGGAUCACACCAUCGUAGAUUUCAUUUAUAGUAUUACAUAUAUAGUAGUAUUUAGAAAGUAUUUAUUUAAUAUUUUUCACCCAAAUAAUAUAGUCUAAAUAUAAGUGAAAAUUAUUUGCGGGUUUUGUACAAUGUCUCUUGAACAUUUUAAAAAUAAAAUUAUGAGUUUGUUGCAAGAUACGUAUUAUGUUGAUCUUAAUAGUAAUAGAAAAUAAACGCUGAAACAGCAUACUUGAGGUUUCUAGUAUUUUACCUAAAAAA